AUGCUUAGAUUAUUACGAAACAGCUUGACAUUGUACACCGAAACAAUUGUACGGUCAUUCCAAACCACAACUUCUGUAGCUACAGAACGUUUUGAUCACAAGAGAAUACCAGCUGAUGAUGAAGGUGUUCAAGGAGAAAAGAUUAUUGAUCUCGAUGCUGUGCUAAACCAGAAAAAAAAUAUCUUUCCUACCCUGGAAUCUGACAAAGAGUUACAUGAUGGUAUGGUGAAAUUGAUCCGAUCAUGUGGAAUGGAGGGAUUUAAAAAUACAAAAAAAGGAACUAAUAUUGCUGCCCAAACUACAGGAAUAAGUAUUGCAACUAAAGCAAUUGACAAAGGCUUCAGAACUAUAAAAGUUCGAGUGAGAGGCUUGGGACCUGGGAGAUUAUCUGCUGUUAAAGGACUAACAAUGGGUGGUCUACAAGUUGUGUCAGUCACAGAUUGUACUCAUGUUUCAUGGAAUCCACCACGGCCAAGAAAAGCUCGAAGAUUAUAG